CAGGGAUCAGUUAACCUUAUAGUCAGUCAAACAUCGUAAAUCAUGUGGGAACCUUAAAGUGCGACGGAGGGAGUAAUAAUAGUCUUAGUCGUAUGAAGAGGCUCUCUUUAUAAGAUAUGUACAUGAGUAUUUAUAGGUUUUAGAAGAUUGUAUUUUAGGAGGAAUCUCAUACAAUAAAUGCUAAUUAAUGAGCUAUAUUCUUGCUCGAAAUAGAAUUCCUCUUCUAUCUUGAUUCUCACGCGAAUACUUUCUCCGUUUAGAUCUUGGAUUGCGGUUUGAGUUUUGCCUGUUGUCAAAUAUCUAUGUCGAAUAAUUGCCUGCCACGUAAACCUAAGGAAUAUCCCGGCCUCACUAGAACUCGUCCAGGCUCGAGGUCUGUUGUCCAGCCCUAUCUGGCUGUCGAUUCCUGUUGUGAGUCUGAUUCCUAAUUAGGCUCAGCGGCUAUUUAUCCUUCAUCUCGAUUAAUGGGUUGAUCUCGUUGAUGGGUUGAUCCUGUUAAUUAAGCUAAUCCCGUAAAGAGCUAGACCCGCUUAUGAGUUGAGUUACAUAAUUGGACCAUGAUCAGAGUGCAUGGUAUCAUCACUAUAUCUAUAAAAAUUGUGUCACAUAAAAAUAAACAUUAAUGAGUGGGCGAUAGUAUCAUUAAUGACACUACUUUUUAAUGGAACAAGUAUUGUUUCAAAAAGAAGAAUAUAUCAAUCGUAUUUUGAAAAUCGCAACACUUAUUAUGGUACAAUAGUUUUUGGUGUACACCCUGGGUUACACCCUGGGGUACACCCAUUUAUUUUCCCUUCUCACAGACAAAAAACACACAAAUACAGACACUUUCUUUGAAAGUGUUGGUGUGAGUAAAAUUAGUUUCCAGAUUUGUCAGGUUGGUUGCACGGAAACCGAUGUCGGUGUACACAGACAUUAGUUGUCUGUGUAAACAAAAAGUAUCGGUGUGAAAAAUUAAUUGGAAACCAAGUGUCGGUGUACACAGACGUUAGUAGUCUGUGUAUACAAAAAAGUGUCGGUGUGAAAAUAUUAGUUGGAAAACAAGUGUCGGUGUACACAGACGAUAGUUGUCUACUUGUCUGUGUAGACUAAAAAGUGUCGGUGUGAAAAAAUUAGUUGGAAAACAAGUGCCGGUGUACACAGACGUUAGUUGUCUUGUAUAAAAAAGUGUCUGUACAUAUUUAAUUUUCGUCUGUGUACACAGACACUAUAGCAUACCAGUGUCUGUGUGGAUAAAAUAUAAAAAGUGAGAAGGAAAGAAAAAGAAGAAGAUAGUGAUGAAGAUAAUGAAGAUGAUUAGGGUGAACAAAACCUCAAAAAGAGAAGGAAAGAAGAAGAAUAAGAAGAAGAUGAAGAAGGAGAAAUGAAGAAAGAAAGAAGAAAGAACAAAGAUGUUGAAGAAGAAGAAAAAGAGGAAGGAGGGGGAACCGCAUGAUUCAAAUGGGAGAGGAGUGGAGAAAAGAGAGUGAAAGAGAGGGGAGAGAAAAAAGUUGGGAGAUAAAAUAUAAGAAAUGGGGAAUUAUAUAGGGUGUACACCUGUGACCCAUACACCCAAUUUUUUGGUACGGUACCUAAAAGCUUAUAGUACGGUUUCGUGAGAGAAUUUUGAGUCGUUAUUGAGUAUCUAACCAGGCGUUUGCAACCCCCUCGCCGGCACCUUACUUUCCCGGCGUCCCGGCAACCCAUACAACCGGCAAAUCAAGAUGGAGAAAGAGCCUCUCCUUCCCUUUUCCACACCCAUAACUCCUCCACUUCCACCUCCCAUUUCCCUUUGCCCUUUACCUGAAGACAAUGAAAUCACAGUACCUCCUUUGACACCUUCAGAAUUCAAAGAUAGACUAAUAUUUGGUUCUGCUUCUCCUCCUCCUUCUUCCUUCAAAGACCCUUUUAGAGACCCGAAUCCCAAUCUUGAUCCCAUAGACCCAAAUUUCAAUAUUGAUUUGAAUUGUUGGGCACCCUCAGACCCUAAACCCAGUAAUGACCAGAAUCCACGGACAUUGGACUCAAAUUACAGAUUAUGGUCUAGGAGCAAUCUGCACAGGUCGAAGACUGCCCCUGCUUUAGCGACAAUCAAUGACAUUGAGCACCACUCCUCUGCAAUUCCCAAGCCACCAUUGAAACUUGCAAUUGUGAGACAAGCUGUUGUGCUUUUAGGUCUUUACUUGAUUCUAGGCGUGUCUAUAUAUUCUUUGUUUAAGGAGCAUUUUAGGGGCUCUGAGACCCAUCCGGUGGUUGAUGCUCUAUACUUUUGCAUAGUCACGAUGUGUACUAUUGGUUAUGGGGAUAUUACUCCUGAUAGUCCUGCCGCUAAGCUGUUCUCCGUCAUGUUUGUGCUCGUCGGUUUUGGGUUUAUUGACAUUCUGUUAAGUGGGAUGGUUAGUUACGUUCUUGAUUUGCAAGAGUCUUAUCUGCUGAAGACUGUUAAGAGUAAGGGCGGGCAUGACCGCGGUUCUUACAUAAUAGAUGUGAAGAAGGGGAGGAUGAGGAUUCGAAUGAAGGUCACGCUGGCAUUGGGUGUUGUGGUUCUAUGCAUUGGGGUGGGGGUUUUAGUCAUGCAUUUCGUCGAGAGGCUCGGGUGGUUAGAUUCACUUUACUUGUCUGUUAUGUCAGUUACUACAGUAGGGUACGGAGACAGGGCAUUCAAUUCUUUGACCGGUCGGGCUUUCGCGUCGUUUUGGUUGCUUGUGUCAACUCUUGCUGUUGCGAGAGCCUUUCUUUACUUGGCUGAGGCAAGGGUGGAUAAAAGGCAUCGAAUGAUGGCCAAAUGGGUGCUUGAUCAGGACUUGACUGUUUCUCAGUUUCUUGCUGCCGACAUUGAUAACAAUGGUUUUGUCACUAAAUCUGAAUACAUAGUAUACAAGCUGAAGGAGAUGGGAAAGGUAUCAGAGAAAGACAUAUUUCUUAUCUGCAAACAGUUUGAACGGUUGGAUUCAGGCAGUUGUGGGAGGAUCACCCUCGCUGAUCUGAUGGAAGGCGGCCACCAUUAAACCAGCUCCACGUGCAUUUCCCUGGCAGAGGUUUUAUGAUGCAGAAGUGGAAUAUUCCUUAAGACGGGGUGUGAUAUUCGAAGGUUCAGAAUCAGAUGAAAUUUGUGUCUUUCUUUUUGUCAUUGGAUUUGGAAGUGUAUAUACCCAUUACCAGGUAGAUAUAUGUAUAUGUAUUUCUCUGCCACAAGUUUUGUUCUCGCAUUUGUUGUUACCUGAGGUUGUGAAUAUUCCUGUAAACAAUAACUAACAUAUUGACUUGUUUAAAAUCUUUCAGCCCAUAUAUAAAAGCACGAAUUAAGCGUUUUUCUUGAA